UAAUCUGUCAGAUUCAAGAUGGCUGCUGGGGACUACAGUGGUAGGCCUCCCUCCUUACAUUUCUCCUAUCCAGGGCCUUUGGGAAAUGGCCAGCCCAGCAACAGUGGUUAUUCAAUGCCUACGUCUAACGGUGGGCCCACUGGUGCGACCGGAGGGGUUCAGGGGCCUGCAAGGCGCCCCAACCCGCAGUCGGGGCCUGGCGGAGGCGAAAGCGCCGGUGUUGCAGCUGGAACUCAACCGACUGUGCAGAACUCGAUUCAGCAAGCGUCAGCUCAAAGCGCUGCGGCAAGGGGGGCCUCCGGAGCAACGGCUGCGAGUGUACCAGGAACCCAUUCCUCACUCACGUCAGCACCACCGGCCGCUGAUGUUUUGGUUUACCGGGAGCCCGUGUACAACUGGCAGGCGACGAAAAGCACCGUAAAGGAACGGUUUGCUUUCCUGUUCAAUAACGAGGUUCUGAGUGACGUUCAUUUUCUGGUGGGGAAAGGUAUGGGAGUGCAACGAAUACCCGCACACAGAUUCGUUCUCGCUGUGGGCAGCGCAGUCUUCGAUGCCAUGUUCAACGGGGGUAUGGCGACCACCUCAACGGAAAUCGAUUUGCCAGAUGUCGAACCUGCAGCCUUUCUGGCAUUACUGAAGUUCCUGUACUCUGAUGAGAUCCAAAUAGGGCCUGAGACAGUGAUGACCACUCUGUACACGGCUAAGAAGUAUGCAGUGCCAGCCUUGGAGGCCCACUGUGUGGAAUUCCUCAAGAAGAACCUGCGGGCAGACAAUGCCUUCAUGCUGCUCACUCAGGCUCGACUUUUCGAUGAGCCCCAGCUUGCCAGCUUGUGUCUAGAGAACAUCGACAAGAAUACCGGAGAUGCGCUAGCAGCUGAGGGUUUCACUGACAUAGAUCUGGAUACUUUAGUGGCCGUGCUGGAGCGGGACACUCUGGGGGUGAGGGAGGUGCGUUUAUUUGUUGCGGCGGUACGCUGGGCAGAGGCAGAGGCCCACCGGCAGCAGCUACAGCCCACCCCAGAGAACAAACGCAGGGUCCUGGCCAAGGCCCUCGCCCUCAUCCGCUUCCCACUCAUGACUAUCGAGGAGUUUGCCGCAGGACCGGCCCAGUCCAGUAUCCUGACAGACAGUGAGGUGGUGAGUCUGUUCCUUCACUUCACGGUGAACCCAAAGCCCCGCGUAGAGUUCAUCGACCGGCCUCGCUGCUGCCUACGGGGGAAGGAGUGCAGCAUCACACGCUUCGGACAGGUGGAGAGCCGUUGGGGCUACAGUGGGACCAGUGACCGUAUACGGUUUUCAGUGAACAGGAGGAUCUUCGUGGUGGGCUUUGGCCUCUAUGGCUCCAUACACGGCCCCACAGACUACCAAGUCAACAUCCAGAUCAUUCACACAGAUAGUAACACAGUGCUGGGUCAGAACGACACAGGCUUCAGCUGUGAUGGCUCAUCCAACACCUUCAGAGUCAUGUUCAAGGAGCCGGUGGAGAUCCUGCCCAACGUCAACUACACAGCCUGCGCCACACUCAAGGGUCCUGACUCUCACUAUGGGACCAAGGGAAUGCGUAAGGUGACUCACGAGUCGUCCUCCACUGGCACCAAGACAUGCUUCACCUUCUGCUACGCUGCGGGCAACAACAACGGCACCUCAGUAGAAGACGGACAGAUCCCCGAAGUCAUCUUCUACACCUAGUCCUCACGACCUCAGGGUCACUGGACAGCUGAGAGACUCAGGCCCUGUUUGGAUUGUGGAAGCCACACACACAAUUCUGCCAGUGGUGAAGGAGGCAUCAACAAUUGGAGCAUGGUCUUUAUCUCUCUCAACUCCCACUGACCAUGGAGGGGUCUGUUUGAUGUUGAGGGAUGGCAGCUCGUUUUACUUUGACAACCGUUGUCUGCUGAGAGAGAACUGGGCCUCUACUGGUCAGAAGUAUUGACUAACUUGGGAAAAGGAGGAAAGCUUGACAUGUAUUUACAAAGCCACCCCUUUAUGGUCUGUCUGCCUGUAGCUAAAAUUAAAAUGUCUGCUCUUGAACAGGGCAGUCUAAGUCGAGACUGAUAUUCACCAUUGCAAGAUGUUGUGGGCAAUUAACAAUUAUCGAAUGGGCUUAAAUGUUCUGGUCCUUUGAAAACAGCCAUCAAAAAUCCACCAUUUUUAUUUAACCAGGUAGGCUAGUUGAGAACAUGUUCUCAUUUGCAACUGCGACCUGGCCAAGAUAAAGAAUAGCAGUGUGAACAGAGUUACAUGGAGUAAACAAUUAAGUCAAUAACACAGUAGGAAAAAAAGGGGGAGUCUAUAUACAUUGUGUGCAAAAGGCAUGAGGAGGUAGGCGAAUAAUUACAAUUUUGCAGAUUAACACUGGAGUGAUAAAUUCAGAUGGUCAUGUACAGGUAGAGAUAUUGGUGUGCAAAAGAGCAGAAAAGUAAAUAAAUAAAAACAGUAUGGGGAUUGGGUGGGCUAUUUACAGCUGCAGCGAUCGGUUAGCUGCUCAGAUAGAUGUUUGAAGUUGUUGAGGGAGAUAAGUCUCCAACUUCAGCGAUUUUUGCAAUUCGUUCCAGUGAAAGGCGGCCAAAUGUGUUGGCUUUAGGGAUGAUCAGUGAGAUACACCUGCUGGAGCGCGUGCUACGGAUGGGUGUUGCCAUCGUGACCAGUGAACUGAGAUAAGGCGGAGCUUUACCUAGCAUGGACUUGUAGAUGACCUGGAGCCAGUGGGUAUAGCGAGGGCCAGCCGACUAGAGCAUACAAGUCGCAGUGGUGGGUGGUAUAGCUUUAGUGACAAAACGGAUGGCACUGUGAUAAACUGCAUCCAGUUUGCUGAGUAGUGUUGGAAGCAAUUUUGUAGAUGACGUCGCCAAAGAUCCACCAUAGGUAUUAGAUACUUACAGUAAAAGCAGUGCCAUGCACACCUUGCGCAAGAGUGCAAAUAAUUAUGACCAGAUUAAUUACAGCUUCGUCUGAGUAGGACAUGCAGACCCGCGAAGAAGAAACUCAUUUAAAGGCAAUCACACUGAAGCUGAACUUUGAGGCAGACUGAACUGAUAAUGUCCAAAACUACCAAGUUGUAGAACACCGCUGGUCUUGGAGGUAUACAGGGAACUUUACAGAAAUAGUUACCGGCACAUUAAUGAACAUGUGUCAAGGUAAGGAUUGUAUAAAGAAAUGACCUUCAGUUGAACCAAAAUUGUACCAUUUAUAUACUAACAAUCCUCUGGCUGUCCUCAUCAACCCAUAAUCACUAGUUACCAGUUUCUUAAUUUCAAACCAUUCAAAAGCCAAUAAACACAUCCACACCAUGUACAA